ACACAUCAGACCAACUCCGGAGAUGAAAGUCACUAAGUUGGUCUGGUAAUUAGCUGUGGUCUUUGUGGCUAGAAAUUAUUGCAACUGGAAUUUUUGUUGUUAUAUUUGAUAUACACAGUUCUUCUGUAUAAAACAAUGUCUUUAUAAAUAUUUUGGACAGAACCAAUGUGACACUGGACCACUGGUUAUCUUCAUACUAUCUAUGGAAAUGAUAAGUUAUACAAUAUUUGUGAAUAGAGGAGUUUUAUUUGGCUGUUUUUCGGAUUAGAAACUUUCGCCCUUAGCCCUCCUUUUCCAUCUAUCGGAAUCAAAUCUGUCGAUUUUGAUCUGGAUUGAUACUUGUACUUCGUUUGUACGCAAUCUUAGCUGGACAAAGGGGGCCAUAAAUUAGCAUAUGGCCUAAGAUGCAUCAUUAGUCAAUUAUGAAGAUCUUAGUGGGUUGAUGUUAAUUGCUCAUUUCCUAAUCUUAGGUUUGGAGAGUAUGAUGGAAUUACAAUCAUCAGAAAUCAAGAAUGUGGGGACUAAUUCUAGUAAAAAGUUAGAUACAUACAAUCAUAAUCUCAGUUGUCAAAAAAUAGAUGAUUCCAUUUCUUUUCUUUUUUUAAGUGUGGGGUUUCGAUUGAUUUUUCUAGUGUCCAUGUUGAAUCAAUGCAUAUCUAGAUUUACUUUGAGUCGAUAAGGAAAUGGAGUAUAAAACAGUUGUUUAUGACUUACUAGUGUGAUGCAACUUAAAAUAUUUAUUUUGUUCCCAAAGAACAAGAUGUGAAAUGUAAGAAGUGGAUGAGAGGAAAAAGUGUUUGUACAAUCACAACCAAGUAUAUAUGGCCCUCAUCACAUUCAAGCCUAUAUCUGGAUCAGAUAAUCUGGUUUGUGUGGCUUUAUCUAUCCCACAACUGGAUAAUAUCAUAUCACUCACACAGUAGUAUUAAUAAUUAUACGAUAUAGCCUAUUGGUAAAAUGGUUAAUGUCUGAAGUCGAAGGUCGUCUUAGAGUCAGGGUUGAGCGCUAUUGGUAAAAUGGUUAAUGUCUGAAGUCAAAGGUCGUCUUAGAGUCAGGGUUGAGCGCUAUUGGUAAAAUGGUUAAUGUCUGAAGUCGAAGGUCUUAGAGUCAGGGUUGAGCACGAUGAUCUGAUGGUCGAAAUUAAAAUAAUUGGUUUUUUUUACUGGUAGGGUAAAAUUGUUUAUUUGCCUACCUCUAGAGAUAUAAAUAUAGAUAUUGUGUGGUGAGACCCUACCAAUUCACAUGCCCCAUCUCAUAAACCCUCUACUAGGAUCCCAUCAUUCAUUUGCCUUUUUUCCAAUUUCUCUCCCUAUUUAAUAUCAACUCAGUAUCUGAUUCAACUGGAGAAAAGGAAAGAAAAAAAGUUCUCAGAAUUCAAGAAAAUAAAGUGAAAAAAAACACACACACAACACAUACUAACUCAGACAUGGAAGCAGCUCUUGAGUUGGAGGAUGAUGUCUUCUACAAAGACUUGAGCAAGCAAGUCUCUCUCCUCAUCAUGGAUGAUGAUGAUCUCUCCCUCUCACACACUCCACCCCUAAAUCUUCAGGCUUUGAGUACUCAAGCAAACAAUCCAGCAUCAUUUUUCAGCUAUGAUCAUCCACACCAAAGUAGCAAGAGGGAGAGCAAAGGCACCGGGGUUUUCAUCCCUCGUUCGACGUCGAAUUCGAGACGAAAGAGUGUGAGGCAAGCAAGAUUCAUGGGGAACAAAUUUCAGAGCCCUUCUAAUGAUCAUGGCUCAAGAGGGCUGCAGCCUCAUGACACCAUGAUCAUUAAUCCUUUGUAUGAUCAUUCAUUUAAUUUUACAAGAUUUUGAUCUUGAUUUUAUAUUAAUGUGGUGAUGUUUCAAGAAAUGUGAUGCAUAAUCCAAAUAAAUAAGAGGUUGUGGAAUUUGUUGAUAGAUGAAA